CAGGAGGGAAAAAGGGGGAAGAGGUGAAGGGUGGUGUUGGUGGGGGUAGUUAGUUGAAGGCUCGGAGAGGGGCUACAACGCCUUUCAGUCGACACGAGUGCGUCUGUCUUGGUUGUAAAAGUAGGAUUUUAAUAGUAUUUUUUAAAAAAGAGAGGGUUUGUUUUUUUUCCCUUGACGAGACGCCGCUUGACUGCUGGGAGUUUGAACCAUGCAAGGACCUCCUUCCGGGGACAGCGCAUGCCCACUGCGCACUAUCAAAAGGGUUCAGUUUGGCAUCCUAAGUCCAGAUGAGAUGAAACGGAUGUCUGUGACUGAAGGAGGAAUCAAGUACUCCGAGACCACCGAGGGAGGCCGGCCCAAGUUGGGUGGGCUGAUGGACCCUCGCCAAGGUGUUAUCGAAAGAACUGGAAGAUGCCAGACCUGUGCAGGUAACAUGACCGAAUGCCCAGGUCACUUUGGACACAUCGAGUUGGCAAAGCCAGUAUUUCAUGUUGGCUUUCUUACAAAGACAAUGAAAGUUCUCCGGUGCGUCUGUUUCUUCUGUUCCAAGCUUCUGGUGGAUUCUAAUAAUCCCAAAAUCAAAGACAUCUUGAUCAAGUCAAAAGGGCAGCCACGGAAACGCUUGACUCACGUGUACGACCUGUGCAAAGGGAAGAACAUCUGUGAGGGCGGAGAAGAGAUGGACAACAAGUUUGGAGUGGAGCAGCAAGAGGGCGAGGAAGACCUCACCAAGGAGAAGGGUCACGGAGGCUGUGGCCGAUACCAGCCCCGCAUUCGGAGGGUGGGGCUGGAGCUGUACGCUGAGUGGAAACACGUGAACGAAGACUCACAGGAGAAGAAGAUCCUGCUGAACCCGGAGCGGGUGUACGAGAUCUUCAAGCGAAUCACGGACGAAGAGUGUGUGAUCCUGGGCAUGGACCCCAAGUAUGCAAAGCCAGAGUGGAUGAUUCUAACUGUCCUUCCUGUGCCGCCACUCUCAGUGCGUCCAGCUGUCGUCAUGCAGGGCUCUGCGCGGAACCAGGAUGACUUGACCCACAAACUGGCCGACAUUGUCAAAAUCAACAACCAGCUGCGGAGGAACGAGCAGAAUGGGGCAGCAGCUCAUGUCAUCGCUGAGGAUGUUAAACUCCUGCAGUUCCACGUAGCCACCAUGGUCGACAAUGAACUGCCUGGACUUCCCAGGGCAAUGCAAAAGUCGGGCCGGCCACUGAAGUCGCUCAAACAGAGGCUGAAGGGCAAGGAGGGGCGUGUCCGUGGAAACCUGAUGGGGAAGCGUGUGGAUUUCUCAGCGCGUACCGUCAUCACACCCGACCCCAACCUCUCCAUCGACCAGGUCGGCGUGCCGCGAUCGAUCGCAGCCAACAUGACCUUCCCAGAAAUCGUCACUCCAUUCAACAUUGACAGACUGCAGGAGUUGGUGAGGCGAGGCAACAACCAGUAUCCCGGCGCCAAAUAUAUCAUCCGAGACAAUGGGGAUCGAAUUGACCUGCGUUUCCAUCCCAAGCCCAGCGAUCUGCAUCUUCAAAUCGGAUACCGGGUGGAGAGGCACAUGUGCGAUGGUGACAUUGUCAUCUUCAACAGACAGCCCACGCUACACAAAAUGUCCAUGAUGGGACACAAAGUGCGGAUCCUGCCCUGGUCGACCUUCCGACUGAAUCUCAGUGUGACGACUCCGUACAAUGCAGAUUUUGAUGGUGACGAGAUGAAUCUUCACUUGCCUCAGUCCCUGGAGACGCGAGCAGAGAUCCAAGAGCUGGCCAUGGUACCCAGGAUGAUUGUCACCCCUCAGUCCAACAGACCUGUCAUGGGGAUUGUGCAGGACACAUUGACAGCCGUGCGGAAGUUCACAAAGCGAGAUGUCUUCAUGGACCGGGGUGAAGUCAUGAACCUGUUGAUGCAUCUCUCAACCUGGGAUGGGAAGGUUCCCCAACCUUCCAUCCUGAAACCUCGGCCACUCUGGACUGGCAAGCAGAUCUUCACGCUGGUCAUCCCAGGCCACAUUAACUGCAUCCGGACCCACAGCACCCACCCCGACGAAGAGGACAACGGCCCUUAUAAACACAUCUCACCGGGGGACACAAAGGUGAUUGUGGAGAAUGGAGAGCUGAUUAUGGGCAUCCUUUGCAAGAAGUCGCUGGGUACCUCGGCUGGGUCCCUGGUACAUAUCACCUUCCUGGAGAUGGGCCAUGACAUCACAAGGCUCUUCUACAGCAACAUCCAGACUGUCAUCAACAACUGGUUAUUGAUAGAAGGUCACACAAUUGGUAUUGGAGACUCCAUCGCUGAUGCCAAAACCUACCAGGACAUUCAGAAUACCAUCAAAAAGGCCAAGCAAGAUGUGAUAGAGGUUAUUGAGAAAGCUCACAACAACGAGUUGGAGCCCACUCCCGGUAACACCCUGCGUCAAACCUUUGAGAACCAGGUCAACCGAAUCCUGAACGAUGCCCGUGACAAAACUGGUUCAUCCGCACAGAAAUCCCUAUCUGAAUACAACAACUUCAAAUCCAUGGUGGUCGCAGGCUCCAAGGGAUCAAAGAUUAACAUCUCACAGGUUAUUGCUGUGGUCGGUCAACAAAACGUGGAGGGAAAGCGGAUCCCUUUUGGCUUCAAGCACCGCACGCUGCCGCACUUCAUCAAGGAUGAUUACGGUCCCGAGAGCAGAGGUUUUGUGGAGAACUCGUACCUCGCCGGCCUGACUCCCACUGAGUUCUUCUUCCACGCCAUGGGAGGCAGAGAGGGUCUGAUUGAUACUGCCGUAAAGACUGCUGAAACUGGUUAUAUCCAGAGACGUUUGAUCAAGUCUAUGGAGUCGGUGAUGGUGAAAUAUGAUGCAACAGUUCGAAACUCCAUUAACCAAGUGAUUCAGCUGCGUUAUGGAGAAGAUGGUCUGGCAGGAGAGAGUGUCGAAUUCCAAAACCUCGCAUCGGUGAAACCAUCCCACAAAAACUUCGAGAAAAAAUUCAAACUGGAGUACACGAACGAACGAAGCUUACGCAGGACCUUGCAGGAAGACAUUGUGAAGGAAAUCCUCAGCAAUGCUGCCAUUCAGAACGAGCUGGAGGUGGAGUUUGAGAAGAUGAAGGAUGAUCGCGAGGUCCUUAGGGCUGUGUUCCCCACUGGAGACAGCAAGGUGGUACUGCCCUGUAAUCUGCUCCGCAUGAUUUGGAACGCUCAGAAAAUCUUCCACAUCAACACACGGACAGUGACUGAUCUUCACCCUAUUCGUGUGAUCGAAGGUGUGAAGGAGCUGAGUAAGAAGCUGAUCAUAGUGAACGGUGACGAUCCGCUGAGCCGGCAGGCACAGGAGAACGCCACACUGCUCUUCAACAUCCACCUGCGAUCCACCCUGUGCAGCCGCCGUAUGACCGAGGAAUUCCGUCUCAGUGGAGAGGCCUUUGAGUGGCUGCUGGGUGAGAUCGAAGCCAAGUUCAACCAGUCGAUCGCACAUCCUGGGGAAAUGGUGGGUGCUUUGGCUGCCCAAUCACUGGGAGAGCCUGCUACACAGAUGACCCUGAACACCUUUCACUACGCUGGUGUGUCAGCCAAGAACGUCACCCUGGGUGUCCCUCGUCUGAAGGAGCUGAUCAACAUCUCCAAGAAGCCCAAGACUCCCUCGCUUACUGUCUUCCUGCUGGGCCAGUCUGCCAGGGAUGCAGAACGUGCCAAGGACAUCCUCUGCCGGCUGGAGCACACCACACUGAGGAAGGUGACGGCCAACACUGCCAUCUAUUACGACCCUGACCCCCAGAACACGGUGGUGUCUGAGGACCAGGAGUGGGUGAAUGUCUACUAUGAAAUGCCUGACUUCGACGUGACACGGAUCUCUCCCUGGCUCUUGCGCAUAGAGCUUGAUCGCAAACACAUGACUGACCGAAAACUGACCAUGGAGCAGAUUGCCGAGAAAAUCAAUGCUGGUUUUGGUGAUGAUUUGAACUGCAUCUUUAACGAUGACAACGCCGAGAAACUGGUCCUGAGAAUCCGCAUCAUGAACAGUGACGAGAAUAAAUUCCAGGAGCAAGAGGAGGAGGUGGUGGACAAGAUGGACGAUGACGUGUUCCUUCGGUGCAUUGAGUCAAACAUGCUGACAGACAUGACGUUGCAAGGAAUCGAGCAGAUCAGUAAGGUGUACAUGCACCUCCCUCAAACAGACAACAAGAAGAAGAUCAUUAUCACAGAGGAUGGGGAGUUUAAAGCCCUCCAGGAGUGGAUUCUGGAGACGGAUGGCGUCAGUCUGAUGAGGGUGCUGAGCGAGAAGGACGUGGAUCCAGUCCGCACCACGUCCAACGACAUUGUGGAGAUCUUCACGGUUCUUGGCAUUGAAGCCGUGCGGAAAGCCUUGGAGCGGGAGCUGUAUCACGUCAUCUCCUUCGAUGGCUCCUACGUCAACUACCGCCACUUGUCGCUGCUGUGUGACACCAUGACCUGCCGAGGACACUUGAUGGCCAUCACCCGUCACGGGGUGAACAGGCAGGACACCGGCCCACUCAUGAAGUGUUCCUUUGAAGAAACGGUGGAUGUUUUAAUGGAGGCCUCAGCACACGGUGAAAUGGACCCGAUGAAAGGGGUGUCCGAGAACAUCAUGCUGGGGCAGCUAGCGCCAGCAGGAACGGGAUCCUUUGACCUGCUGCUCGACGCUGAGAAGUGCAAGUACGGCAUGGAGAUCCCAACGAACAUCGGAGGGCUCGGAGUCGGAGGACCGACCGGAAUGUUCUUCGGCUCUGCCCCCAGCCCAAUGGGUGGGAUGUCUCCGGCUAUGACUCCGUGGAACCAGGGUGCGACUCCUGCCUACGGAGCCUGGUCACCCAGUGUGGGCAGUGGAAUGACCCCAGGAGCUGCUGGCUUCUCUCCUAGUGCCGCGUCUGACGCUAGUGGCUUCAGUCCUGGCUACUCUCCUGCUUGGUCUCCAACCCCUGGCUCUCCUGGAUCUCCUGGCCCAUCCAGUCCCUACAUUCCAUCUCCAGGUGGAGUGAUGUCUCCCAGUUAUUCACCAACCUCUCCUGCCUAUGAGCCAAGGUCUCCUGGUGGUUACACACCCCAGAGUCCCAGCUACUCCCCAACGUCUCCAUCCUACAGCCCCACCUCGCCAUCCUACUCGCCAACCAGCCCGAACUACAGCCCUACCUCCCCCAGCUACUCCCCCACCAGCCCCAGCUACAGCCCAACGUCCCCCAGCUACAGCCCCACCAGCCCCUCCUACUCCCCCACCUCCCCCUCCUACUCCCCCACCAGCCCCAGCUACUCCCCGACUUCUCCCAGUUACUCACCAACUAGCCCCAGCUACUCCCCAACAUCUCCCAGCUACUCUCCAACCAGUCCCUCUUACAGCCCCACUUCACCCAGUUACUCCCCGACGUCUCCCUCCUAUUCCCCCACCUCUCCCUCUUACUCGCCAACUAGUCCCAGCUACUCCCCAACAUCACCCAACUAUACCCCCACUUCACCCAACUACAGCCCUACCUCCCCUAGUUACAGCCCCACCUCUCCCAGUUAUACACCCACCUCUCCAAAUUACAGUCCCACCUCACCGAGUUACAGUCCCACCUCCCCCAGUUACAGUCCCACCUCCCCCAGCUACUCGCCUUCUAGCCCUCGCUACACCCCCCAGUCGCCAACCUAUACUCCCAGCUCUCCCAGUUACAGUCCCAGCAGUCCUAGCUAUUCCCCAACCAGUCCAAAAUACUCCCCCACCAGCCCUUCCUACAGCCCCAGCUCUCCAGAGUACACACCCACUUCUCCAAAAUACAGCCCCACCAGCCCAAAAUACUCCCCCACCUCUCCAAAAUACUCCCCGACCUCCCCCACCUAUUCCCCCACCACGCCAAAAUACUCCCCCACCAGCCCCACCUACUCCCCCACCUCCCCAGUCUACACCCCCACCUCCCCAAAGUACUCUCCCACCUCGCCCACCUACUCGCCCACCUCCCCGAAAUACUCGCCCACCUCUCCCACGUACUCGCCCACCAGCCCCAAGGGCUCGACCUACUCCCCCACGUCCCCGGGCUACUCCCCCACGUCCCCCACCUACAGCCUCACCAGUCCGGCCAUCAGCCCCGAAGACAGCGACGAGGAGAACUGAGGGCGAGGAACGGACCGAGCGAGAACUGGGAUCCCCUCACCGUCCCAUCCAGGGGACCCCCCCACCACCACCCAACCCCCCCUCCCCAAGGCCCACACGUGCAGUCCGCACUUGUCUGCGCAUUUUACUUCCAAGACUCUCGCCCUUGUUUGAACUGGACUUGAACUGGCUUAUGUUUCACGUUCUGUAUCAAUGUUGUUGGGGGGGGCGGGGUGAUGGAGGAACACCGAAAUUCUGGGAUGUGUUUUAAAAUAAAUCCAAGAUACGGAAGGAAGGAGAAAUCUAAACUGUAUAAUUUGAAUAUAUAUAUUUUUCUUUGGACCCUUUUGAAUUCUGGGUGCAGUCAGGGAGUGGCAGUGGGGGUUUUGGACAACCUUUCUCACCCUUGCUGCACCUGGACCAGUGUGAAUUUCGAUUUUGUUCUGUGGAAAUAAUGCUACUUGACCAUUAUUGCUGAGCGUUCCUUGGUAACCCAGGGCAACGGGCUGGUUCUGUCUGUCGGGCCCUGAUGGUUUUAUAUGUGGAUGUGAUUUGUGCUUUAAGGAUGGUGACUGUGGGAAAUUUUAAUUCCGUCUGUGAGGAAACGGGAGGUGAGCUGUGAAAGGGUUACUGAUGUCAGGAGUGGUAAGGAGGGUGUGGGUGGGUGGGUUGGGGGUGGUGGGGUGUGAAAUGGGUCAGUUACUGUAAUGAAUCGGAUUGCCGUGCAAAACACAUGACCAUUUCUCUCCUCCUCCCCCCCUUCCCCUCCCCCUCCCCCAUAUGCAGCAGAGAAUGGACCCUUUUCAUUUUUUGGGUGCUGAUGGGGGAGCUGACGAUUCUUAAACCACCUGAUUCUGAUGUGAUUCUUUGGACAUAACUGUAAAAACGGGAUAUGAAACGUGCUUAAAACAAGGCCGCAUUUAGCUGCCUGAUCUGUGUACAGAACAUUUACUAGUCUUUUCCUGUUUUUCUCUUUGGAAAUGUUGGAAAUAUACUUAAAAUAAAGUUUUACUAAUUUUUGUGGA